AUGGUUUCCGGGAGAUCUCUCCGAGCCUGCCGCAUCUGCGUGGUGGGGGCCGGCCCUUCGGGGCUGGUGGCGGCAAGGGAGCUCCGCAAGGAGGGCCACGCCGUCGUCGUUCUCGAGCAGAAGGGCGACGUAGGAGGGCAGUGGCUCUACGACGGGAAAGUCGCCGGUGAAGACCCCCUCGGGAGGGCGGCGCCGCCGCGGGUCCACAGCAGCGUUUACGCCUCCCUCCGCGUGUUGGAGCCGAGGGAGACCAUAGGCUUCACCGACUUCCCCUUCCUGGUCCGCAAGGACAGGGACGGCCGCCGGUUCCCCGGCCACCGGGAAAUCUUUCUGUAUCUCCUGGACUUCUGCGAGAGGUUCCAGCUGCGGGAGACGGUGAGGUUCAACACCAGAGUUUCCUACGUGGGAAUGGCCGCCGGCGACGGCGACUGCGACGGCGGCGGCGCGUUGAAGUGGGUGGUGAAGUCCAAGGAGGAGGGGAGCGAGAAGGAGACGGAGGAGGUCUUCGACGCUGUGGUCAUCGCCACGGGUCACUACUCGCAGCCCAGGCUGCCCACCAUUAGAGGUCUCCCUGCCCUCUCUCUCUCUCUAUCUCUCUCUCUCUCUAAAUAAGGCUGUGCUUGCACCAGGAAUGGAGGUCUGGAAGAGGACCCAGCUGCAUUCCCACGUGUACAGGGUUCCCGACCCCUUCCGUGAUCAGGUAUAUGUUUAAACAUCUCCAUGAAUUCCUCGAGAGCAAAAUGAUAACUUGCGGUUCUUCAAAGGUGGUGGUGCUGCUGGGGGUCUCCUACAGCGGCCGCGACAUCGCCAUAGAGCUCCUCGACAUCGCCAAGGAGGUCCACCUCAGCGCCAAGUCUCUGUCCGUCUCCCCCGCCCUCUCCAAACUCCUCGCCGCCCACCCCAAUCUCCAUCUCCACCCCCAGGUCCCUCUCUCUCUCUCUCUCUCUCUCUCUCUCUCUCUCUCUCUCUAGGGGUAUUGAGUCGAGUGGAAGCCAUGUAAUAGGUGGAGUCCCUUGGUGAGGGCGGGAAGGUGGAGUUUAAGGACGGCGGUUGGGUGGCGGCGGACGCCGUCAUCUACUGCACCGGCUACUCCUACUCCCUGCCGUUCCUUGACGGCGGCGGGUUCGUCGGCGUCGAAGGCGACGGCGACAGGGUGGGACCGCUCUUUGAGCACACCUUCCCCCCCUCCCUCGCUCCCUCCCUCUCCUUCGUUGGCAUCCCCCGGAAGGUCAUUACAAAAAACAUCCCGUUUCUCUCGAUUAAUCGUCUACGAGGUUGAGAUUGACUCCGGGAUUUUGGGAGCUGUAGGUCAUCGGAUUCCCGUUCUUCGAGGCGCAGGCGAGGUGGAUAGCCCAGGUGCUCUCCGGCCGGCGAAACCUGCCGUCGCCGGAGGAGAUGAUGAGGUCCGCCGAAGAGUUCUACCAGUCCCUGCGAGAAGCCGGCGUACCAGACCGUUGGACCCACGACAUCGCCGACUUCGAGGUGCGCAUGGCUUCUUCCCUUUCCUCUCUUGUCAUUUCAUGGCUGGCGGCGCCGCCGCUGAAGGGGGGCUCUCCGCGGCGCCGCCACCGUAGUACUGUGACAGGUACGGCGACUACUGCGAGUUCCCGCGCCUGGAGGAGUGGCGAAAGGAGCUCGUGCUCAACGCGCACAUGAACGCCAACGCUGAUCUCGAAGGCUACCGCGAGGCCAGCCCCGACGAGGAGCUCCUCCAGGAGGCCUACCGUAGCCCCCACUUCACGCAGUUCAUCCACGAGGCGACCCCUUAA